AUGAUCACCAACGUAGAACCAGUACAAACCGCGAACGUUGAGAUCCUUUGCAAUCGCGAUGAUCUCGACGAGUUACUCGAAGAGGAUGAAAAGGAGAACGAGAACACUUAUGGCAGGAUCAUCCUCAGGGAAUACUUAAGAUUACUAACUAACAAGGAAGCGAAGAUCAAUUUCAUCCUGAAAGUUCUGCAAAAGGCAGUGAAUGAACAUAAAAUUUUUGUAAUUUACGGCACUUUUCCGGUGCUAAGAAAGCCUCUAGGAAGGAGAGGCUGGAUAGAGAAAAGAUUUAUUAGAAAAAUGCUUUCGAUGUCGCCGGAAAUCUCCGAAGCUGGUUUGGAAACCAUCGAGAAAUUAUUGCGACAUCCUGCAAACUUUAUAUGGUACACUAAUAAAAGAGUGGCCGUCAGAACAGACGAGAGAACCGUAAUUAAUAAAUUCACUGGAUGCUAUUUCACAUCAAAGGUCGAUAUGUGCAAUAAUUUAGAAAAUAUUUCUUGGUUUUACGAAGAUGGUGUGUCAAACAUACAAUUUCCACGAUGCUACAAUGUUUAUCAGACUUCACAAAUAGACGAAUUCGUACAAGAUUUUUACAUCACAGCGUCAAUGGGACUUCUCAAGUGGUUUUUAUUCGUAGCUAGUGUCGCUGGAUCAAACGCUGUUUGGUCCCCAAACGGCACUGUCCCCAUAAGAGCAUUUUUGUUUGCCCUCGAGCGAUGCGCGGAAUAUAUAAGUAUCUGUUCUCAUGAAGAUAUUGACGGCCAAAUAUAUAAAGACGUAACUAUUUCUGAUUGGAAUGAAUUUCUGUCGUGGUACGAACAAAUUUUGCAAAGACGUGAAGUGUUAGAGAAAAAGGAAGGAAUACAGAUUGAAGAGCUUUUGCGAUUUGCCGCUAAGACUGUGCAAGAAAUGGCACAAUAUCGGCCUCAAAGUCGGAUUGAUGGUAUGCGAAAUGUCUGGAUACUCAAACCAGGCGACAAAAGUUUGGGUAGAGGUAUAAUUCUUAAGGAUACGUUGCACGACAUUCUAAAUAAGAUACAUCAGGCUACUAAAGAAUGUAUGCAAUAUGUCGUGCAGAAAUAUAUAGAACGGCCUCUGCUCGUUCAUAAAACGAAAGUUGACGUUAGACAAUGGUUUUUAAUAACCAGCACACAACCUCUUAUAGUUUGGAUGUACAGGGAUGUUCUUAUUCGUUUCGCGUCAAGAGAUUUUACUCUUGAUAACUUCCACGAAUCGAUCCACUUGUGCAACACAACCGUACAAAUGAAGUAUAGGAAAACAUUAAGACAGAACGCGCAAAUACCUAGUGAACUUCACUGGAAUCUUCAAAAAUUCAAGGAAUAUCUAAGAGCUACCGACCGAGAAUUGGCAUGGGAGAGACUCAUUAAGCCAGGUAUAAAGCAAAAUUUAAUUGGCGCACUUCUGGCGUCCCAAGAAAAUAUGGUCAAUCGGAAAAAUAGCUUUCAAUUGUACGGUGCUGAUUUUUUAAUAAUGGAUGACUUAUCUGUAUGGUUAAUUGAAAUCAAUACGAAUCCGCGAUUGCAUCCUCCGAGUAGUUCUGUCACAGAUAAACUUUAUCCAGAAGUAAUAGAGGAUACUAUAAAAGUGGUCUUAGAUCGACGUAAAAACAAGAAAACUAUUCGCGGAAAAUUCGAAUGCAUCUUUAAACAACGCAAUCCAUUUUACGGAAACGUAUUAGGUAAAGGGGUGAGCCUUGGGAUUCGUGGUAAAGCCAUACAACCAUCGUCACAUUCGCCUCAGCGAAAAUCGUGA